CGGGAGAAGGUGGUGGCCCGGCGGUGCUCUUUGGCUCGAGGUCGCUAUGCUUCGAUACGGCUCAAAACUGGGCUACCGCAGAAGUAGAUGCGUCGAAUCAUCAGAAGCGGUGCUCUUUGGUACCUUACAUGGCGGCAAAGAAACCAGGGGCUAUGACUGAUCUCUCGCUUCUUUCAUUUUCAUUUUGUCUUUGCUUUUAGUGAAGGGCGCCGCAGUACUGUAGCCUGUUCUUCGUACUUCGUGUCUCUCAAUAGUGAAUACCAUGAUACGGUGCCAGCUCGUGGCGCUCCUUUGCGUCAGCACUUGCAAGUAGAGCAUCUAUAAUUGCAUCCUUACUCUAAAGCGCAUCACAUACGGAAGGAUGAUCUGAUGCAGAUGAAGCUGUGUGGGUUGAGCCUCGACGAUGCUAAGUGCGCGAUCGGAGAAGAGUAA